UACCGGAGCUCUCCAACACCCUGUCAACGCCAAGUCGCUAAACUGUACGGACCCCAAUUGCUCCCCCACUUCAUCUGGCAACUUAUUUUGGAUUUUUCUUGUCCAUAUUAAAUUGACAAAAAAAUAAAAACUAAAUAAAUAAAACAAAUAAAAAAAAAAAAAAUUGCCAACGGUUUUCUGAAACAAGUCAGGAUUUUUUUUAAUUUUUUAUAUAUAUAUCUGUGUUUUUUCUGUUUCCUGUGAGUGACGGAACGGACGUCCGGAAGAUAUACUGAUACACCAUCUCUUACACUGAAGAACCAACUAAUGGAUGUCACAUUUCACUGUGUCUCUCUUCUCUCUGUUCUGGAGACAGAUCAGAGUACAUCCAUGACCCUCCUCACAACAUGAACUCAAGCUGGGAGAUGCAUAGAACAAAAGAGUAACCAUUCAGCUGUCUGUCAGCUGGUCAACCCCUGACUUUUGGGAGGGGAAACAAAAGAAAGACAAAGAGAGAAAAUUUUACAAAAAUGCUAAAACAAGGAGAGGAGAUGCAGCGAGAUCUAUGGACUUCCCUCUUGCUAGUGUGGAUUACUUGUGUGCCGUACUCUUCUAUGGCUCCGUUAAACAAUCAGUCACAAAGUUUACAGUCGGCAUCAGCCAUGAUCCUGCGAAACCGGCCAAGCGAAGGACAAAGAAUCCUGAGUCGUGCCAAAAGAGGAUGGGUUUGGAAUCAAAUGUUUGUGUUGGAGGAGUUCUCUGGACCCGAUUCAAUUCUGGUUGGCAGGCUCCAUACGGAUUUGGACGUGGGGAAUAAGAACAUCAAGUAUGUGCUGGCAGGGGAAGGGGCGGGCACCAUCUUCUCCAUCAAUGAGAGGACGGGGGACAUUCACGCAAUGAAGAGGCUAGACCGGGAGGAGAAGGCAGAGUACACACUCACGGCGCAGGUCAUUGACAGAGACUCCAACCAACCUCUAGAACCGGCCUCGGAGUUCAUCAUCAAAGUGCAAGACAUCAAUGACAACCCCCCACAGUUCACUGAAGGGCCUUACAAAGGGUCAGUGCCAGAGAUGUCGCAAGUGGGUGCAUCAGUCACGAGAGUUACUGCAACCGAUGCAGAUGAUCCGGUAUAUGGAAACAGUGCCAAACUGGUCUACAGCAUUUUGGAAGGCCAGCCUUAUUUCUCCAUUGACCAGUCCACUGCAAUCAUUAGGGUGGCACUGGCAGGGAUGGAUCGUGAGAUGAGGGAAGAGUAUCUUGUUGUCAUUCAAGCAAAGGAUAUGGGAGGCCACAUGGGUGGGUUGUCAGGGACCACCACUGUGACAGUCACUCUUACUGAUAUCAACGAUAAUCCACCAAAGUUCACAAAGGGCUCUUAUGAGUUCAACAUUCCUGAGGAUCUUGGCAUUGGUAGGCCUGGAGGAAGAGUAAAAGCGAACGACAGAGACAUCGGGGAAAAUGCAAAAUCAACUUACAGCAUCUUAGGUGGAGACGAAAGGGAUGUCUUUGAGAUUGUCACUGAUGCUCAGACUCAGGAGGGAAUCCUCAGACUCAAGAAGCCUCUGGACUUUGAGAGCAAAAAAUUCUACAAUCUAACAGUGGUGGCUACCAACAUACGUGCCGAUUCAGUAACAGGUGGACCCUACAUGGACCAGGCCACGGUCAAAAUCGUUGUUGAGGAUGCAGACGAACCACCGGUUUUCACAAAGACCACUUAUCUCUUCGAUGUGCACGAAAAUGCUGCAAUCAACACAUUUAUAGGAGCAGUUACGGCAAGGGACCAGGAUGCCCCACACAGCCAAGUCAGGUAUUUUAUUGAUAGACACACAGAUUUAGAGAGGCAGUUUAACAUAAAUAUUGAUGAUGGGAAGAUCACAUUAGCUAAACCUCUGGACAGAGAGAUGGAUAUGUGGCACAAUAUCACAGUUACAGCCACUGAAGUCCGAAACCACAGCCAGAUUUCCAGAGUCAUGGUGGCAAUCAAAGUGCUGGACAUAAACGACAAUGCCCCUGAGUUUGCCACCGAGUAUGAAGCCUUCCUCUGUGAGAACGGCAAACCUGGACAGGUGAUUCAGACCGUUAGUGCUGUGGACAAAGACAGUCCUUCACAGGGACACACCUUCCACUACCGUCUGGAGAUGCUCAACAAUCCCAAUUUCACCAUCAAAAACAAUUUGGAUAACUCGAUCAGUGUUCUUGCCAAGCAUAAUUCCUUUCGGCGACAGAAACAGGAGACGUACCUCCUGCCCAUCGUUGUGACUGACGACGGAGAUCCUCCAAUGAGCAGCACGAACACUUUAACUAUCCGAGUUUGCGGGUGCAGCAGGGAAGGAACCGUGCAGUCCUGUAACGUUGAGGCCUUUGUUCUACCCAUUGGUCUCAGCAUGGGAGCUCUGAUUGCUAUUCUAGCUUGUAUAAUACUACUUUUGGUCAUCAUGGUCUUGUUUGUGACAUUGAGGAGACACAAGAAUGAGCCUCUAAUCAUCAAAGAUGACGAGGAUGUGAGGGAGAAUAUAAUUCGCUACGACGACGAGGGAGGCGGUGAGGAGGACACGGAGGCCUUUGACAUUGCCACCCUGCAGAACCCAGAUGGCAUCAACGGUUAUCUUCCUAGGAAGGACAUUAAGCCUGACCUGCAGUUCAUGCCUAGACAGGGGCAGCACACCGGUCCAAAUGGAGUAGAUGUCGAUGAAUUCAUCAACGUUCGGCUUCAUGAGGCAGACAAUGACCCCACAGCUCCCCCGUAUGACUCCAUCCAGAUCUACGGCUAUGAGGGCAGGGGCUCCAUCGCGGGCUCACUGAGUUCCCUCGAAACAGCCUCCUCAGACUCUGACCAGAACUAUGACUACCUUAGGGAGUGGGGUCCACGCUUCAGAAGACUGGGAGAGCUCUAUUCUGUGGGUGAGAGUGACAAAGAGACUUGACCUCCAACCACCACAGACCAUACUUUUGUCCACAUAACUUGUGUAUUAUGCUAUGGGAUGUUAGACACAGCUGGGGUUGGGGCACCUUUUUUAUACUUGUUAGAGAGACCUAAUAGCAUUAGUCAUCUACCACAUCAGAGUGCAUUGUAAUGUCAGAACUAAACAGUGUCUAUAGUAGGAGGUCAAUGAUUCUUGUGGAGUGUGAGUUUAGAUUACUGUCAUUGAGUGUCUAGCAGUAUUUUGGGUAUUUAUUGUUCACUGUGACCGCUAGAGGCAUUGGUAGUCGCUUGACAAGACUGAAAGGAAAGAGUACUUUCGGACAUGUUGUAGCCCAGCAUGGCUGCUCUGAAGGAAAGAUCUGCAGAGGCCUCAAAAUGACACCACUCCCCAGCAAACACAGAUCUAUUGCCGUCAAUCAGCCAUUCAGAUAAGGAAAUAUUUAAAGAAGAAGGUAAACUAAAUAGCAAUAUAUGGUCUACAUUACUUAUGAAUGUAUGUGUGAUUUAACAAAUGUGAGCUCAAUGAACAUGCAUUACACUGGCUUUAGGAUCUGCCUGCUGAGGUAAAUUCUGACCCUUUGAUACUUCUUGGCCAGAUUUAUUGAGUAAACUGGAAAAGCCUUGUGGCUUGCUUUAUACAACCCUUUGUAUUCACAUGCUUUAAGUGUGGUUCACACUCAACGAUAAUUAGACUAUGUGAAAUGUUGAGGACAACAAUGAGGCCUUUGUUUUACAAAAGCAAGCAUUAAAUGCAGUCGUAUUGAAAUGCUUUUGGAAAAUGUAUGGUGUUUCUUCAUUAUUGUGUAUGUUUUAUAUAAAUAUAUAAAUAUUCAUCACAGUUGUUGUGCUGCAGGUAUGAGUAUAUUUGUACCUUUUAUAAUUUAUUUAUUUAUUUAUUUAUUUUAAUAGAAUACUUAUUUGUAUUAUUUUAACUUUUUUAUUAUUAUUUAACAUUUUAAUUUUAAUUUCUCUCCACUUCAGCUUUGUUUCAUUCUGCCACAUUACUCAUCGUGAGGCUGUUUUUUUCUUUUAAAAGCUGUACUGAACUUCACAGUGAGAUUUGUUAACUAAACUGAACUGUGAAAACCACUGAGAACUUGUUCUUGACCAGGAAAGAUAAGUCAAUGUUUUAUUGACUCUGUGUGUGUGUAUAAUAUCUGCAUACUAUAUACAGUGAUCAUUCUAAGCACAAUAGCUGGAAGCAUUUAGUUCUUGUUUAUGUUUGACCCCUGUUGUUUUAAAAUAAAAAAAUGGUCAUAUCAGAAUCUAUUGAGUAAAGAGAUACAGAAACAGACAUGCUAAUGUGCUGCACUGUAUGAUAUUAGAAAAAAAAAAAAAAAAAAAAAAGAGUGAGAGAGAGAGAUGUACAUAGUCAUUGCUGAUUUUCUUAGCUUUUCUUUGAAGUGAAGGUUUUGUCUAUGCACGUUAGCUAUUGCACAUGGUGAUCUGAACGACAAUGGAGCUACGUGCAUAUUUGUUUGUACUGAUGCAAUAUAUUGCAAUUCUCUUGAAUGGACAGUAUAUAUAAAAUAGACUUUCAUGCAAAUCAUAUUUUCUACUGUGCUUUAAUGCUCAUAAACUUGUAUGUUUAAUUAGCUACUCUCUGUAUUGUAAUCUAAGAUAUCCAUGUAUUGUUUCCUACUUUGUGAAAUAUAUUUUUAUAAAUACUUGUUGGCAGAACUUUUCUUAAGUACCAUACUUCAUUCCAGGGAUGUCAGAGUUCAUGAUCACUUUAUAUGAAAUCUCUGUCUCGCUCUUAUUUAAAAAAAAAAAAAUUAUUCAUAAAAACAAUUCUCCCAUUUGGCAUCAAACACAUGUGUAGAAGUUUAUGUAAGGGUGAGGAAUAUUGUGCUGAACUGUUAUCAAUAAGAAUGUAUGCCUUAAUUGCCAUUUGCGCUCAACCAGAUCCUAGAGUGCUUCCUGGCUUCAGUGAUUUCCCUUCCAUUCUUUUCUUAUCCCUUCACCUAGCAUGAUUUAUAUAUAUAAAAAAGUUACUGAAAUCCUUUGUUGAUAGAAUUUUAAAUAUAUGUCCUUUGCAGUGUUUUCCAACAAAGUGAAGGCUUAUGCGCCAUAAUCCUCUCCCUCUUUCCACUCUCCUUUUUAAAGAUUUGAAUUUAUCCUCAAUCCUAUCUGAGAUUAGAGUCUUUUCAUGAAUAACAAAAUCUCUUGAUCUUGUCAAUUACUGUGCAAGAGUGGAUUUAUCAUGUACACUAAAACUA